AUGAAGCCCUCACCCUCACCCUCACCCUCACCAUCACGCAAGGCCAAGGUCAACUUCAACGUAAUAAUCGUCGGUGGCUCGAUCGCAGGCCUCACGCUCGCCCACUGCCUCGCCAAGCUCCCGAACGUGGACUUCGUCAUUUUGGAAAAGAGAGCGGAAAUUGCUCCCCAGGAGGGUGCCUCGAUCGGUAUCUUGCCACACGGCGGACGCAUCUUAGACCAAUUGGGCCUUUUUGAAGAGAUUCAGAGACAUGUUGAGCCGCUGACUACAGCGCAUGUUUCGUACCCUGAUGGGUUUCGCCAUACCAAUCGGUCGCCCACAGUGCUUCUUGAGCGGUUUGGGUUGCCCCUGGCGUUUCUAGAACGGCGCAAGCUGUUGGAUAUUCUGUAUACAUCUCUACCGGAUACUUCGCGUGUGCUUCUUGAAAAACGCGUCGUUUCUGUAGAGCAGGAGUAUGAUGGUAGGAACAGCAUGACUGUCCGGACGCAUGAUGGAUCCAAAUACCAUGGUGACCUUGUCGUCGGGGCGGAUGGAGUGCAUAGUCGAGUACGUCGUGAGAUGUGGCGUCUUGCUGAACUUGAGCAGCCGGGUCUUGUCACAGCACGAGAGAAGAAUAGUCUGUCCUCUAAGCCCCUUGAUCUCAAGAGUGUAACUGCUAAGUUGGUGGUAGGUUUGAAAGUCGACUACGCCUGCAUUUUCGGUAUAUCAGACUCAUUUCCAAAUCUCCUCCCAGGAGAGCAAGUAGCGAGUCUGCACAACGGAAGAUCAUUCCUCACAUUUCCCGGAAAAGACGGCCGAGUGUUUUGGUUCUUCCUCCGAAAGCUCAACAAGCAAUACCCCUAUAUUUCUGCACCGCGAUGGUCAUCGACAGACAUAGAGAAAAUUGCUGAGCUGUUUGCAGCCGAUCAUAUCUGGAAUGGGGUUCAAUUCGGCGAUCUCUGGAAGCGGAGACAGGUGGUUGGUAUGACGAACCUCGAAGAAGGUGUCUUUUCCACAUGGCACUGCGGCCGUGUUGUCUGUAUUGGUGAUAGCAUGCAUAAGGUACCUACAUCACUCCACAUAAUGGUUAUGGUUCAGCUAACAGGGUUGGGAAGAUGGCACCCAACACAGGACAAGGAGCCAACUGCGCAAUCGAAGACGCCGCAGCACUUGCCAAUGCCAUCAGCAUGGCCAUCAAACACGACUACCACUCAUCUCAAGCAGAAGUUCACUUUCUUCUCCAAUCCGUCAGUAAAACCCGGCUGGCUCGGAUACAGGAAAUUUACAAGUCCGCCCGCCUAG